AUGAUUGAACAAUCACCGAAUAGUCCUAACAAUCACACAAAGCUUGAUCAUAAUCUUGAUAUUGAAUCAUCACCCUCUUCGUUAUCACAUUCUCAUCAGACUUGUGCUGUGUCCAAUGUGAUUCACUUUUCAACCAUGAGCAGUCCUUCCAAUGAUUCAUUCCCUUCUCCUCAAUUGAACAUUCAUCAUAACGAAAGUGGUAAUAAUAAUAACAAUGACACAAUGAAUCGAUGGAAUGGUUGUGGUGCUCCAAAGAACCAUUCCAUCGAGACAGCAUCAGUGGUACCACAAUUACAACCUCAAGAAUUGAUCAAGACUGAUUGCUCACCAACUCCAUCGAAUAGAAGAGGUGCUUCCUCAACAACAACCUCAACCAACCACUCUCAAGCCAUCAUGUCCUUCGUAGAUGAAACUACCAAAGUCAAAUGCAAAGUCAAAAUCAAUAGAAGAAAUAAGGAAUAUAAUAUUAAAAAGACAAGACUACGUAAGCCUCUCCAAAACUGUGCUCUCUUACAAAAUUACUUUGAAUGGAAUAAGGCACAGAAUUGUAGUGAAGAAUUAACUGUGUACAAAAUGUUGGAACCACCGAAACAAUCAUCUGUACAACCACUACAACACUACUCUACAUCCUUCUCAGAUGUACCCCCUUCUACUUCAUCCUCAACGAAUUCCAGUGGAGGUGGAGGAGGAGGCUGUGGAAGUGUUAGCCUUCCGAAUAAUACCACCACUCUUAAUAAUGAUCAACCAUAUGGUAUGAAUCCACAAGAGUAUUUCAAUAGGAGCUCUCAUGGUUGUCCUCCUCAAAUGAAUAUUGUUCCAGAGUAUUCUGUUCCUACUCGAGAAUCACCAACAUUCUCUUCACCGCACCACCCAAUCAAUCUUAACUCUCCACCAAUGAGUCUCAUGGGAACUGCAAGCAAUAAUCAAGACAUUCGAAUGGCCACUCCAUCCAUCUCUGAGAGAUCAAGUAAGAAGAAGAGAUCCAAACACUUGUUGCUCAGCACCACUGCAAGCUCAUCUCCAAAUAUAGAAAAAGAUUUGGAAAGCAAACAAAUUGUGACUUCAGAAAAGGUUAAAAUUCAAAAAUUGCGUUCGAAUACGAGUUCGAAUUACAUGUCCACAACAACCACCAUGGUGACUUCCUCAGCAACAUCAGCAGGUGCUUCAUCAACACCACCUCGUCCAGCUCAUGGAUCCAUGCUUGCCCUCCUCUCGAAUAGUGGUCAUUGCAGAACUUCUCCAUCCUCCUCCAACACUACCUUCACCAAUUCAUCAUGCAGUGGUAGCAGUAGUAGUGGAAGUGCAACAGGUGUUAUGAGUGGAGAAGGUCAAGCACUUCCAACAUCAUUCCUUCAUGAAAGUAGUAGAAGUAGUAAUUAUAGUCUUGUUGGUAUUGGUUCUGGUUCUGGUUCUGGUGGUGGUGGUAUGGAUAGUUCAACUUUAUGUUUCAGUCGAGUCAAUCAUGAAUGUCCAUUAUCACUGGCAUCACAACCAGUAUUCAUGAAUCGAUCGUUUAGAAAUAAUCAUCAAGAUUCAUGUGCUGUAAUGACUCACACUGGUCAUCCCAACAAGCUUUUGAAUCAACAACAAAUGGAACAUGAACAACAACAACAAAUGGAAAUGCUUUGUAACAUGAUACAAUCCGCCAGGUCUCAACAUUCCCACGAGUUCAACAUGGUGAAUCCAACAACAACAACAAAUUCGUUACAACCUCAGCAUGUGACUCAUCAUCCCUAUCGAACAGUCCAUGUUCCAUCAACGACAACAACUGUAAAUACAACUUGUAGUGUUCCACAACAUGUACAUCCUCUCACUGGAAUUUCUAACUUUCAACAGGAGCAGCAGCAACAUCCAAUUGUACGCGAAUAUGGACAGUAUUCUCAACCUCAAUUACAUCAAACUAUGAAUACUACUCCUACACUUUUGAAUUCAUCACCUUCGUCAUUCAUGAACGAUCCUUUUAGUCAAAGAAAUACUUUGAAUUCUCAGCAACCGUACCAAAGGAUGAAUUCCUUUCCGAAUGAAACACUUAACACAAACGUGAUCGUUCAACAUGUGGAUGCAACAACUACUCAUCCUUAUUUACAAGUACCGCUGGAUUCGUCACAAUUUCAACAAACUGGAGCUUCUCAAGCAAUGAGUGGCAUUUGUACCACGAACCAAACCACAGCAACAACACACUUUCAACAAUUACACCCAACCCCCAACGCUCAACCAUUCCCAACAACUCAUAAUCACCACCACCUCACAGAAAGGAAUGCAAAUGAGUUUUGCCUUAGCAAAUUGGUUGAAGUUGUUAAUUCAAUUUCAAUACCAAGCGCAAACUCUGCAGAGGGAGAAAAAUUGAAGGCUAUUUUAGACUUUAUCACUACGAGGACCGAAGAAAUUCUCUCUACAACCAAUCAUAAAUUGACGCAACAACAAGAAGACAGCAUAUUUGAGCAAGCGUAUCAACGUAUUCUGUCAUCAAACAUGACUUCUUCAGAACAAUUUUCUUCAAUUUUGUCGUUAACAGUUUAUUACAAAAUGAGAAGAAAUGAACGAGACAAAGCAGACGAAGAAGAAAGGAAAAGAGGACCACCACAAAACCAGCAUGAAUAUUUAUAG